AUGGACUUAUACCCUAACCCCACCACAACCAAAAGUCCAGAUGACUCUGAAUUUGAUACCCCACCACAUACUCAACCCAUUGAGCCCUUCUUAUCCUUCACCAACGGCGCAAUCAAGAAGAACCACCACUGCUACUCACCACCUCCUGUGUUUGUGGUGACUUACAAAGAAUGUUUGAAGAACCACGCUGCCAGCUUGGGGGGACAUGCCGUGGACGGCUGUGGAGAGUUCAUGCCUUCUCCUUCCGCCACCACAGCGGAUCCCACCUCCCUGAAAUGCGCUGCAUGUGGCUGCCACCGGAAUUUCCACCGCCGUGAGCCUAAUGAUCCCUCCCCCACCAGUAUUAUCCCUCCUCUUUUUUAUUUCCACCGCCCACCUGGCCGACCUUCACCUUCCCCCUCCCCACCACCACUACAACCCAACAUGUUAUUGGCUCUUAGCAUGGCGGUGCCGGAGGACCACCACCAGGCUCCGGCGACGCCAUCAGAAUUCAAGACAGAGAACCUAUCUGGACGAAAGCGAUUCAGAACAAAAUUUAGCCAGGAGCAGAAGGAUAAAAUGCACUCUUUUUCAGAAGAACUUGGGUGGAAAAUGCAAAAAUGUGAUGAAUCAAAAGUUGGAGAAUUCUGCAAUGAAAUAGGAGUUUCAAGAGGUGUACUCAAGGUUUGGAUGCACAAUAACAAGAAUAUUUUUGCAAAAAAAGGAGAUUAA